CUAUCGAGACAGACCGCUGUUGAGAGAGUUCGUUCGAGACAUCGAUCUCAGCUGUCAGAAACCGUUUAGAAAAGUGAGAACAUAGAAGUUAGACAUGGAGCAAAAGAGGACUAUCAGCGAAAAGGAAGCCUUUGAAUUAAAACUUUCAUGGGCAGACAUGGUUGACCUCAACAUCCAAGUCGACUAUGAUGCCAUUAUUUUCCCCAUGGAUGACAAUGACGCCAGUGAGCUCCAUCUAACUGAGCCAGAAGAGAGAACAUCUGAUUCUGACAUUCAGGGCGGAAUAACUGAAUCUAUCGAUUUUGAGAUUCCCCCCUCGGUGGAAACCCAGCAGGUUACAUCUCUGUCUGCUGAAUUUGACAUUUCCCCCUCGGUGGAAACCCAGCAGGUAACAUCUCUGUCUGCUGAAUUUGACAUUCCCCCCUCGGUGGAAACCCAGCGGGUAACAUCUCUGUCUGCUGAAUUUGACAUUCCCCCCUCAGUGGAAACCCAGCAGGUUACAUCUCUGUCUGCUGAAUUUGACAUUCCCCCCUCGGUGGAAACCCAGCAGGUAACAUCUCUGUCUGCUGAAUUUGACAUUCCCCCCUCGGUGGAAACCCAGCAGGUAACAUCUCUGUCUGCUGAAUUUGACAUUCCCCCCUCGGUGGAAACCCAGCAGGUUACAUCUCUGUCUGCUGAAUUUGACAUUCCCCCCUCGGUGGAAACCCAGCGGCUAACAUCUCUGUCUGCUGAAUUUGACAUUCCCCCCUCGGUGGAAACCCAGCAGGUAACAUCUCUGUCUGCUGAAUUUGACAUUCCCCCCUCGGUGGAAACCCAGCAGGUAACAUCUCUGUCUGCUGAAUUUGACAUUCCCCCCUCGGUGGAAACCCAGCAGGUUACAUCUCUGUCUGCUGAAUUUGACAUUCCCCCCUCGGUGGAAACCCAGCGGCUAACAUCUCUGUCUGCUGAAUUUGACAUUCCCUCCUCGGUGGAAACCCAGCAGGUUACAUCUUUGUCUGCUGAAUUUGACAUUCCUUCCUCAGUGGAAACUCAGCAGGUAACAAGUCCUUCAAACAGGGAGUGGACACAGACCUCCCCCAGGAGGAAGAGAGUGGCCCGCAAAGCCUCAGCCUUUAAGAGGAACCAUUGCUCAUUUUACAUGGAGCAGGCAACCAAACGUAUCAACAAUCUCAUGCAGCAGGUGGACGACCUUAAAGAUCAGCUGCAAAUGAAAACCUGUUGCCUUCAUGAGGAGAGAGAACAAAGAAUCACAAUUCAGGUUGAAUGCACCUCCUACCUGGAAAAGAUCAGAGAACUGGAAGAAGCUUUAGAAAACGAACGUGACAUGAAAGUCACACGUGAACAGAAAGAGGAGGAGCAGGAAACAUCUGUUGCGCCAGACAUUGAGGCUACAUCACAAUUUAAUGAGGUUCCCAAAGUAACGGACAAUGUGGACGUCCUUAACGAGCUCAAUUUCUUGAGGAGGCAAGCUGAAAGCCGUAACUCCAAGAGCGAAAAACUGGCAGAAGCCUUGGUAGAGGAACGCCAGCUCAGACUGAAAUGUGAGGACAAGCUCAAGACUUACCGUGAACUUGAAACCAAAGUCCAGCAACAGGAGCAAAAAAUCACAUCUAUGCAGAGUCACAUUGUGAAUCUGACAGUGGAGCUGAACCUUGCUUUAAAAGAAAACGACCACAAAGGCUCCUCCCCAAAUAACUCCUUUAAACAAGCUGAGGUCUCCACACCAUCACGGAUCUCAACGUCACCAGAGGUCUCCGUUACACCUGAGGCUUCCACGCCAUCAAAGGACUUCACACAAACACAGGAGUCCGCGCGAACAGGCCGCCGUGCAAACACACCCAUCCGUAAUAUUAAUGUGUCCUGCCACUACAUAAGACGGUACGGUAACAGAGGCGUCCAAGCAAACCCAGGCCUUCAGUCAAAUACAGGCCGCCACCCAGAUGCAGACUUGAAUGCAAACAGAAGAGGUCCUCCUCACAGAGCCCCCCAGGGAAGGCCAGAUCUCCACACAAAUGCAGGUUUUCGCUCAAACCCAGGCCUCUACGCAAACCAGAGCCCAUAUCCAACCCAGGGCCUAUAUGCAAACCCGCGAUGUUACCCAAACCCUGGCCAAAACGCGGGCCUACGUGCAAACCCAGGCCACUACCCAAACCCUGGCCACUACCCAAACCCAGGCCAAAACGCGGGCCUACAUGCAAACCCAGGCUACUACCAUAAUAAAGGCUUCCAUCCAAAGAAGACUUCCACCUUACAGAGGCCCUUUUAGGCUUGAGCAAGCCCAAAACUACAGAACUUGAUAAAGAAAAGAAAUACUGGAAGCCAAAAUAAAGCAAAAUAUUUAAAUAAAACAUAAUCAUAAAAAAAAAAAACUUUUCUAAAAAAAUAAAAAUAAAAAA